AUGGCGGCAAUUCUCGAGGAAAAUCAAGAUCAUGGCUUGAGAUUAGACGACCAAAACUUGGAUAAUCUACGCGCCAAAGCGGAGGCUGCGAUGCCCUUUCUCCAAGAUGGCCUCUCAACUUAUGCUAUUCAAAGGCAUACGCGUAAUGCGUCUUUGAGUACAGCAGGCACGAACAGGAAAUACUUCGCUGCUCUUUUGUCUCUACCUGUUGAUGACAGGGAAGGAGAAAUUGUGGCUUAUAUCAUCAUUCAUGUUAUAAAUGUUAUUAAGGCAUUGUUAACGAUACUUAUCAAAUUGAGGGGACCACCUAUGACAUCAGGAACGAUUGAGGACAUACUCUCACUAGAGGAAUUGAAAACCUUCAUGACGAUUAAUAACUUGAUUGAUUCAGCUGAAAAUGUUGACUACAUGAUGAUCCUGCUCAACAUGAGGACAAUCUGUAACAAUGGACUUGUGGACCCUGCUAGUAUUUCUUCUUGGAUAGCGAUGUCAAAUGUGCUGAAGAAUAAAGAUGGUUUUCUGAAUCGAUACUAUAGUUUCUUGAGUGACAGAAAAGCAUUCGGUAUCACCUUCGACCACAAGAAAUAUCGUUGCGAAUACCUUGUGAUCUAUAGAAAGGAGCGAGAUGAGGCCCUGUACGCAGAGCUUGAAGCAGAGGGUGAAGCGGAUCGUGCAGACGUUACAGAGGAAGGUGAGCCCCAGGGUGAUGUUGAAGAUGAAGAUUUGGAGAUUGAAGCUGAUAUGAAGAGAAUGGAUAACUUUGAGUAUCUCACAUUGGAAUUGCUCCAUCUCUUCAUCAAAUACGGAAUAAGUUCAUUGACUCAAGCAAGUGCUGAUGACCACGCAAAUACAGUUAUGGGAAAGAACCCUUCGAAUGCGGUAGAUGUAUUCAGAGAAUUUACAACUGCAAGAUUCAUGAAAACAGCCAGGGAAGCAGGGAACUCACUCUCUUCAGCUACAGAUUUGUCAGAUGACGGAGAUGACGAUGAUGAGAUGAAUGAGACUAUUGUUGCAUCAGAAUACAGCUUUGAAGAAACAUGGGGUGCAAGAUAUGGUGAAGCAGCAUUGAAACUGAUUAUGGAAAAGAGUGGGUUUUCAAGUACAAGUCAGCCACCGGUUUUCGUGAUAUCACCACGACUUUAUAUUGCCUGUCUCUUUGAAGAUCCAUCAACUUCCAAUGUCAUAUUACUGAAUUCCUCCAAGUAUCAUUGCCAGAGCACUGAUGAAGAUAGCUCACACACAUUCUACAACGGAGAGUAUGUCAAGAGGAUGAAACAGUUCAACAAACGGACUAAGAUUUCAAAUGAGCAAGAACCUCUUAUUUCAAACACCAAAUACUUUGACGAGAGUGAAAUACAGUUGGCUGUGACUUUAGGCUGGGAUGAUGUUGCGAUGUUCUCCAAGUCGGUGGCUCAACUCAAAGUGCCCCGAGAACUUUGGUCAUUGGUUAUGAGACUUGUUGAUCUCAACAGUAACACUGAUUUCCAGCUUAUAAACUUCCGGUCUAUUUCUCAUAAGAAAACCAGUGUCGAUUCUGUGGGAGACGAAACAGGUGAGGAUGAUGAUGAUGACAAUGUCACACCCUCCAUGCUUAACACUGAAAUGACAAACACCAAAUUCUUAUUAAGUUGA